CAAAUCACUGUCAACGUCUAGUUGCUAAUGUCAAUGUUAUUUGCAAUUGCAAAUCGCACUAAUGUUUUGUUUAGUGUAAAUCAGCGAAGUUUUAACGCAAUAUUUUGCACUAAAAUAUGGAGAAGUAUGAUACUUCCCAGCUCACAGAGUUUCCUCGUUUCGAGUCUGAGUCGAAUCAAAGUGGCGUGACAACGUUUUUAAAUAAAUUAUGGAAAUUCCCUAUAUUUACACCCAGUGAAACUGCGGAUGGUCAAGAUAAUAAAACUCCCAGUGACGAUAAACACAGUGAACCUGGCAAAGUCAAUGACGAUAAGGAAUAUGAAGAUAUUAAAACGGAAACCGGGAAUGAUGUUGUUGAAUAUGAAGGCAGGAGCUUACCAAAUAUUUUGAAACGAAUCAGCGGCCUUGCUGCUUUAGGAUCAGGGGGUGGCACCAAAUAUGAAGACACAGAAUUAGCUCGCUACUGGAUGCCGGACGAUAUCUCGCGCGAAUGCUACGAAUGUGCGGCACGAUUUAGUGCUUUGAGAAGAAGACACCAUUGCCGUGUGUGUGGACAGAUCUUCUGUUCACGCUGUUGCAGCCAAAGAGUGCCAGGUCAAAUAUUUGGUUGUGCUGGAGGUUUAAGGGUAUGCACAUACUGCUGUAAGGUGGUGCUUACAUAUCUGAGAGAAAACGACAUGACUGGAGAUAUUUCACCAGACCUUCGUACUUUACAAGAGAGUUUACAGGUUAAAUUCCCAGACAGCAAGGCCCAACACAAGAAUCGUGAUUUCAUUUUCGCCCGAGAACAGGAGCCCUGUGAAGUGCGCAGCUCCACUAGAGAAUCUGUACAUGAUGUAUUCAGGCAACUGUACUUUGCAGUGCCGACCCAACAGCACAGAUUUCGUCUCGUACGAUACAAUAAUGUCUGGUGUGGCUGUGACAUCCUGCAGUGGGUAAUUGACAAUACUUCGCACAAAACCAGAGCCCAAGCGACAGUUUUAUGUCAGAGCCUUCUAAACAAUGGCUACAUGGAGCGCAUGACGGAACCAGCGCAGUUUGCAGACUACGGCCUCUAUCGUCCCAUACAGCUAGCACAAGAAAGCGAAGCCAAUGAUCCGCCACCGGCCGAUGCCGAGGACUGCAGCAGCAGGCUCGUUGAAAGCGUGUCUUCGUAUUGUCUCGAUCUAAAUCUUGGCAACAGUUCAGCGAGGCUGAUCAAGGCCACGAAAACAGAACAAAAAUCAACGCCAUCUAGCGAUGAUGAACAACCCAUGCUGGACCAUACUGAAACGGCGGGAGAAGGCGGCAAGGCGCCGUGCCGCGCCAUCGCGGAGUCGGGCGAGGAGCACCUGCGGCUGCUGAUGCGCCAGUGGCUGGCGCGCGACGCGCUGCCGGCGGCGUGGCUGGGCGCGCUGUACCCGCUGUGCGUGCAGGCCGCCGACCUCACCGUGCCCGAUAUGAUGAGCAAUGACAUCGACGUACGAAACUACGUGCAAGUAAAGAAAGUCCCCGGCGGUAACAUGACGGAUAGCUGCGUCAUACCCGGAGUCGUCAUGACCAAGAACGUUGCCCAUAGGGGGAUGCCUAAGCAGAUUUCGAAUCCGACAGUGCUGCUUCUAGAUUGUUCCAUAGCGUACCAGAGAGUGGAAGGAAAGCUCACCUCCCUGGAACCACUUCUAAUGCAGGAGCACGAGUACCUGUCGCGCUGCGCGGCGCGCGUGGCGGCGCUGCGGCCCGACGUGGUGCUGGUGCGCGGCGGCGCGGCGCGCGCGGUGCAGGACGCGCUGCGCGCGCGCGGCGUGGCGCUGGCCACGGCCGUGCGCGAGCGCGCGCUGGCCCGCGCCGCGCGCUGCGCCCGCGCCGACCGCGUCGCCUCCAUCGACGCGCGCAUCGGCGCGCCGCGCCUCGGCUCCUGCCGCAACUUCUACGUGCGCAACUUUUCCAGCAAGACGCUCAUGGUUCUCGAGGGCUGCGCGGAACCUCAGCUAGGAUGCUGCAUCCUACUCAGAGGCGGAUCCUUGCAGGAGUUAAUUCGCGUAAAGAGAAUCGUCAAAUUCAUGUUGCUGGCUUGUUACAACUGGAAAUUGGAAAAGGCGUUUUGGGGUGACAUAGAGGCCGUGUUGCCCGAGCCGGGAACUUUUAUCGACGACGAAACGCCCAACGAGCUCACGGAUGACGCAGACGAAACUUUAAAAAAAGACUUGAUCCCUAAAGACGAUAAGGAUGACAGCAAGUCGAGUAACGAUACAUCGGAGACGGACGAUAAUAUCUUCGGAAAUACUCAAGCUGAAUCCCUCACUGAAGUAAAAACUAAUGAAAAUGUAACUGAAUCGUCCAAUAACGAAACUGAAUCUCAUGAAAAGUCUGAUAAUGUAACAGAAACGAAUUACGAAAACGAACCAAAUGAUGACGAAUCGAAUAAAGAAUCGGAAAUAGAUGACCCGUUGCAAAGAUCUAAACAGUUCGCGCGUAAAACGGAUAGCGAUAAGAAUCUAAGCUGCGGUGUUCCGAUCAGAGAUUUCAGCGAUCCCCUUCAGUCUAGGAUGUCUAUAGAUGAUGAUGUUUUUCUGCCGAAGGAAGAGGCAAAGUUGAAAGCGGACACGCAUAGCGAAAGAUGGUGCACGGACGACGUGGUGCUGUCCAUGUCCCCCAACAUCGUGAUCCCGGCGCCCACGCUGCGCCUGCUGCCCGCGCGCGCGCCGCCCGCCGCGCCCGCGCCCCGCGCGCCCGCGCCCGCCCCGCGCGCCCGCCCCCGCGCCCCGCCGGCGAACCAUCCCUUCAUCGACCGACCAAUAACAGCGCCUGCAGACGACCCCGCGCUGAGAGCAUCCCUCGCGCACUUCCGGGCCACGGGCUGUCGGGUGGCGGCCGAUACCCAUAAACCGGGAUGCCCCAGAUACAAUCCGUCCGUGGUGAAGAAGAUAGAAGCGGUAGAGUCGAGCAAGCCUACCGAGCCAGAGCCACUGGAUCCGCUGUCCCCUGAGAACCACCAGCGCCUGAGCCUGCUGCUGUACAGUUACAGUAGCAAGUCGCCCAACGUGCCCGACUUCUGCGUUAAUCCCUGGAUUGUGACGAUGGAAAUGUACGGCCGGAAUGACAUAUCGCUGGGCGCUUUCUUGGAGAAGUACUGCUUCAACGGUGACCACAAGUGCCCUUCGGCUAAUUGUCACAUACCGAUGAACCAGCACGUCAGGAAAUUUGUGCACGAGGACGUCUGUAUAACGAUAACUUGUAACACGAUCGGACACAGCAACGUAGAUAAAGCUAAGGAGGAACAGAGUAAGCACGUGACGUUCUGGUCGCGCUGCUCGCGCUGCGGCGGCGCGUCGCGCGGCGCGCGGCUGUCGCGCGCGGCGCUGCGCGUGUCGCUGGCGCAGUACGUGCGCACGCGCCUGGCCGCGCCGCGGUACGCGCGCUCGCUGUGCGCGCACCCGCUGCGCGCGCACUCGCACGCCUUCGUCAGCCGCCUCACCACCGCCUGCUUCCGGUACGACAAGAUCUCGACGUACGAGGUGCAGCUGCCGCCGGAAGUGAUCGCCAUCAACUACGACACGAGGCAGAUGCGGGAAGCGCUCAUCGCCCAGCUCAACGAUCUCAUGCUCCGAGGUCACGAGACGUUCAGCAACGCGACGGACCCCGAGAGCGAGAAAGCGUACGCAUCGUUCAAGCUGCACAUGGAGCAAGUACAUCUCGCACUCACCACACACGAGCACACCUCGCUGGCAGAGCGCGUGCGCAAGCUGUGGGGCGUGCAGGACUGCGUGGUGUCGGCCGAGAAGAUGCUGCGGGACGCGCACCGCCCGCGGGCCGCCGACCUAGUGGAAGAGAAACCGGAUUUAGAGGAAACGACAGAAACUUCUAGCAACGAUGUUGCAGAAAAUCUACUAAAAGAUUCGGAUAAGGAACAUGCCGGUACCGAGGAAGACGAAGAACGGGGAGAUAAAAAGACCGUCAAACAAAUACUGUCGCAGCUUCUCUCCAACAAUCAUCCAUCCAAUCAGGAGGGCAUCAUCGUGUCGAGCGGGCUGGUGGUGGUGUCGGUGCGCGCGGGCGACGUGGGCUCCGUCAUCGCCGCCGCGCUCGCCUCGCCCACCUACCAGCGCUCGCUGCAGCACAGAAGUCAAAGCGACUGCGACGAUGGUGAGAACUCAACUGGCAAAGAGAAAGGCGAAGCAGACAAGACUAAAGCGAAAGCGAACGAGCACAUCGAAGUCUUACUGAAGGAUGGUCUUCUCUGUCGGGUGUACUACGCGUCCCAGUUCCAUAAGUUGAGGCACAUGUUGCUGGCGCCCCUCGAUUACAACGAGGAGAAUAAACAGUACUGGGAGGAGGGGAAGUGCUGUGAGGACCUCAAAGACAAGGACAAUAAAGGAUUAUGUGAAAUCGAAGAAGGGUUCAUAAGGUCGCUCGCACACUGCGUGCCGUGGGCGGCCAGAGGCGGCAAAUCGGGGUCUACGUUUAACAAAACUAAAGAUGACCGAUACGUCCUGAAGGAGAUGACCAAGCCGGAGUGGCAGCAGUUUCUCGAAUUCGCGCCGCACUACUUCAACUACGUGACCAACUGUCGCCAGAAAAAGUUGCCAAGCUUACUCGCGCGCAUCCUGGGCGUGUUCAGCGUGGGCGGCGCCGGCAGCGGCGUGCUGGUGACGGAGCACGUGUGGUACGGGCACCCCGUGGCGCAGCGCUUCGACCUCAAGGGCGCCGCCCGCCCGCGCAUGCCCGCCGCGCACCAGCCCGCCGCCACCGCCGUGCUGCUGGACGACCACCUGCUGCGCAUGCGCUGGGACCAGCAGCUGUUCGUGGGCGGGCUGGGCGCGCGUGCGCUGUGGGCGGGCGUGGAGCGCGACACGCGCUUCCUGGCGGCCCACGGCGUCAUGGACUACUCGCUGCUGCUGGGCCUGCACGGGCGCACGCUGGUGCUGGGCGUCAUCGAUUACAUCCGCACGUUCACGUGGGAUAAGAAACUGGAACAUCUCGUGAAGAAGAACCUGGGAUCCGGUCAGCCUACCGUAGUCUCGCCAGAGCAGUAUCGGCGCCGGUUCUGCACAGCGUGUCGCAAGUACUUCCUGCACUGUCCGGCGCACUGGGAGCCGCUCUAUGCGCCCGACCGCAUCUAGGAGACUGCCGUCACUUCGAUCAGCUAGAUCUACUUAUGUUCAACUAAAAGAGAAUAUAAUUAUAUCGUAAAUUUCGUUAGAUUUAUUGAAAUCUCUAUUUAAUCGGAAGGCCGAUAUUUGGAUUUCAAUAUUUCAUAAUCGUCGUUCUGUAAUGCUGGGACCACACUAAAGUUUAAUUAUUGAGUUACCGUUAGUUAUCCCUUUAUUAGUGUAGAAACUUAACGUGCUACUUUUGUAAUGUAAUCAGAAGUAAUUAUUCGUAAUUUAAUUACUUAAGUGGUCACAGUGAUCAAGACGCGCGUGCAUGAUUAGAAAUUUACCUUAGUGUGGGGUAACGCUUAUGUUACUACUAUGACUUCACAGUGGUCCCAACAUAAGAAAUAAUAGCAUAAUUCAUUUUUAA